UUUAGAUUUACAUAAAACAAAAGAAUGUAAUGUAAAUAAAUAUCGUAAACAACUAGUUUUUAAUAAAAAAGAAAAAAUCAAACAAUUUGAUAAUUUGUAUAAAAAAUAUAAAUCAAAUUAUUAUUUCAAUCUAAUAAAAACUACUCCAAACCAAAAUACUUACACAGAUAUAGUUAAGAAGAAAGCUAAUGAUAUUGAAAAAGAUAUUAAUAAGAAUAAAAUUGAAGAACAACAUGAAAAAUUUGAUGAAUUUAAUCAAAAUAUAAUAGAAACAAUGGAUUUGUAUACUGCACAAAUUGAAGAGUUGCAUGGGGGAAUGGAAGAAGUAGCUAAAGUUCUGACAAAUAUAACAAAAAGACUUUUUGCCAUUGAAAAUUGUCUUGAUGAAUAUAAUCAA